AUGAGAACCACGUUCGACGAGUGGGACACCCUCUUGUUCCCGAACCCGCCUUCUCGGGUGGAAGGCGUCCCGAAGUUCGCCGAGACCAAGAAGAGGGAGUCGUACUUCCAGGAGUUCUGCAGCGUGACGGAGAAGUUCGAGGAGAACCGUGUCAGGGCACAGCGGCUUAGCGGGGAGGCGGCUGCCUUCGCCAUGCAGGUGUCCAACACGCUGGCGCCUCUUGGUCACUCCGCAUCUUCGCCAGCUACCUUGGCCCUCGCCGAGAGCCAGCAAGACGUGGCCGGCGGCGACGCUGCCACCCCCAGGCGCGGAAGCGGCCGGAUCAUUCUCGCGGACGAGAUCUCCAACCGGCGGGGGAGUGGUACGAAAAACGCCGCUGUUGGAAUCGCAGAGUGA